AUGCCAUUUGUACAUGAGAUCCGUACCUGGUUUGACGCUACAGUUUCUCCAUCCCCCGAGAACAGAAGGAGUUGGUUCCAAAUCCUAAACCUUGAUGAUCCCGACGCCGAGCCCUUCGAGCCGGAAAGGUUCGCCCUACACGAGUUAUUUUCCGCUUAUCCAAACAUUGAAAGCCUGUCGGUAUCGAUCGAUCGAUUUCAUGGGGGGUGUGAUGGGGACCCGCCUUCUAUACGGAUAUCUUCGCUCGCCCCAGGGACCACUUUCCCGCCGCUUCGAAGCCUUUCACUCAGCGGCUACGAUGUAACUAAAGAUGAAAAGGGCCAGCGUAUUUGGAGUAAAAAGUUCCCCUGGAAUCAAUUGCAAUCACUCACUCUUGGUCACCAAGACAACCCGGGAUUUUUCAAGGCAGCUACUGGCAAAGUACGCCAUUUGAAAAAGUUUGAGGCCACUCACUAUGGGAAACCCAAUUCCCGUCGGGACCUCGACGCGUUCUUGUCGUCUUUCCAUACUCUGGAAAGUCUCACUGCUAAAGGAACGAUUCCGUCCUUAGCUGCUAUGGCUCAUCAUUCCAACCUCGAGCACCUUUGUCUUCACACAAUUGAGCAGCCUGAUAAGGAAAGAGUAUCCUUGAAUGCAAGUGAAAUAAGAGCUUUGAAUCGGAAACACCCUCGCCUCAAGAGCCUAGAGCUCGAUAUAGACCCGAAGGGAAAAUGGCCUGACAACAUAGUCAAAGCUAUAGCAACAGGCUUCAAGAAUCUUCAUCAACUAUCCAUUCACGUCGGACUGAGACUCCCGCUCCUGAUAAAGACAUGUGAAGCCGACAAAACCGAUGAUCUUCUUGGUUUUAACGACAACUAUUUCAAGUCUGUAUUGACGGACGAAACAGCACAGGCUUUCGCGAAUCGAUUUUUCGCUUGCAGAGGGCCCUCAGCCGUAAAGAAAAUCACGCUACAAACAGGUGAGAGCCUGCGCUGGUUUCCGCAAUGGCCUCCUUGGUACGCUGAGUCGGAAGGCCAACAUGCUAGGACAUUUGAAGCCUAUCCACCCCAGCACCAGGGUGACGAGCCGUGCCUUAAGGAGCUUAUGAGUGAUAGCGAGGGGGUAUUUCCGAGCUCAGAUUCUUCGGAAAAGAAGCCUCAACGACUUAGCAGGGCUCCCCGAGUUCUUCGGGCGUCGGGAUUUCCAAGCGUCAUCUAG